AUGUCAACUCGCGGACGCGGUCGCGGGCGAGGUAGAGGUAGGACAGGCACCGUUACUCCUGCCCCCAUAGGGACUGAUCCAGUAGACUUUAUGGCUGCCCUGGGAAAUAUGGCUGCAGCUAUGCAGGCGACAGCCGAGGCACUGGGUAAUCAGAUAAAUCAGGGAAAUCAUGGGAACAAUAAUGAUGAGGGCGGUCCAAUGACACUUGCUACAUUUCUGAAAGUUCACCCUCCGACUUUUAGGGAAACUUCAAAUCCCACUAACGCAGAUAAUUGGAUUCAGGCUAUGGAAAGGGCGUUACAGGCACAACAGGUUCCUGAAGAGCAAUGGGUUGAAUUUGGAACUUAUCAGUUGCAAGGUGAAGCUCAGUAUUGGUGGCAGGGAACACGACAUAUCCUGCAGCCUGAUGGUGCUGCGAUUUCUUGGGAGGUUUUCCGGACAGAGUUCUAUAAGAAAUAUUUUCCUAAUUCAGCCAGAAAUGCCAAGGAACUUGAAUUAAUGCAGUUAAAGCAGGGACAAAUGACUGUUGCUGAGUAUACUAGAGGUCUUCGGAGUGAUAUUCUGAGCUUCGUUGCCCCAAUGGAGAUCAUGGUGUUUUCUGAAUUGGUGAAUAAGAGUAGGGUGGCUGAGGAUUGUGUGAGGAAGGCGGCAGCAGAGAAAGAAAGUUUGAGGGUGCCUUUUCAGAGGCCUUCUGGGAGGAACUUUGCUCCGAGAGGUAGAAAUUUCAAGCGUAGAGGUUUUGUUCCGCAGCAGACUCAGGAUCAAGGUAAUUACAGAAGGCCGAAUACCAAUGCUAGUCAAGGAAAAAGGUUUGGGAAGCAGCCACAGCAAGAUCUGAACUGUCAGAAGUACGGAAGGUAUCACCCUGGAGUUCCGUGCAGAUUCAGACUUGGAGUAUGCUAUUCUUGUGGACAGCCCGGGCAUAUGGCCACCAAUUGCCCGGAGAAGAAGAAGUAUGAGACUGGUAGGGUGCAGCAGCCAGGGAGAGUAUACACCACUUCUACCAUAGGUGCUGAGGGAUCUGAGAUACUGAUUAGAGGUAAUUGUGAAAUGGCUGGUAAAAUCUUAAAUGCUUUAUUUGAUUCAGGAGCAAGUCAUUCAUUUAUUGCAUUUGGAAAGGCCCAUGAGUUAGGAUUGAGAAUGGUGGUUUUAGGUAAUGAUUUGAAAAUAUAUAAUGCUACUCAUGAAGCUAUGGUGACUAGGAUAGGAUGUCCACAAGUUCCCUUUCGAGUACAACAGCGUGAAUUUGUGCAUGAUUUGAUUUGUUUGCCUAUGACUGGUCUUGAUCUCAUUUUGGGAUUGGAUUGGUUAUCCAAGAAUCAUGUUUUGCUUGAUUGUUCUAAGAAGUCAGUACAGUUUAUGCCGGAAGGGUCAGAAGCACCGGUUGUGGUGAAUAGUUACUAUUUGAAUUCUAUGAUAGUAACCUGUUCUGGAACUGAAUGUCAGGGUAUUAUGUUAUUAACUGCGGGAGUAUCAGGUGAUGAUCAGAGUUUAGAGCAGAUUCCGGUUGUAUGUGAAUUUCCAGAUGUGUUUCCGGAUGAUAUUAAUGAAUUUUCACCUAACCGAGAGGUUGAAUUUGCAAUCGAGUUGGUACCUGGAUCCGGUCCAAUUUCGAUUACUCCUUAUAGGAUGUCACCUUUAGAAAAGGCUGAAUUGAAAGCUCAGCUGGAAGAUUUGUUGGGUAAGCAUUUCAUCCGACCAAGUGUUUCUCCGUGGGGAGCACCAGUGUUACUAGUAAAGAAGAAGGAUGGGAGUAUGCGUUUGUGUGUCGACUAUCGGCAGUUGAAUAAGAUCACUGUGAAGAACAAAUAUCCGUUGCCUAGAAUCGAUGAUCUAAUGAAUUAG